AUGGCUCCUGUUCUGAAGACGAUGCCAGGCAAGGUUUCGGCCCGCGGACGCAAGAAGCGUCCGAAGAAGGGUCGCUCGGGUUCCAGUCGACGCAAGUCAGCUCGCUCCUCCAAGUCAGCUCGCUCCUCCAUGAAGAGCACCUCAUCCAAGGGGAAACGCGGCAAGGGCAAGAAGAGACGCCGCCGGAAGAUGAUCUCACCCGAGCAGUACGGAGAUAUGGAACAAGAACUGAAAACCUGCCGGAGAGAGCGCGAAAUGCUGGAGAUCAAGCUGACAGCGAUGACGCAUUCGCGAGAACAGUAUCGCAAGUGUUCUUUCAGCUUGCUUGAUGAGAACGAACAGGUUCACAGGCGGCUCAUUAAGGUAGAAAAAGAAUGUAUUGAGGUGGUGGGAUACCUGCGGCAGAAGAGAGGGGCCAACGAGGCAAGACUCGAAGUGGUCGAAAAGGACCUGGCUGAAGUAAGACAGGUGGAGGACAAGAAACGGAAGGUUUUGGCUGAAAGCUACGAAGCCAAGAUAAAAGGACUGAGUGAUGUCAUAGGGCACAAGAAUAGCGAAAUAGAUAUGUUGCAAUAUGAGGUACAAAAGUUAAAAGUGCUAAAGGACACAAACAUGAGGCUAGAGAACGAAAACGAAGACAUCAGGAAGGAGCUUCUUGAAACCAUGGUCCGACACCAAAACCAGCUAGUUGAAUACGAGGCGAUGAUUCUGAAGGAGAAAAAGGAUCUCGAACAGUUAGCGAGGACUGAGGUGCACAAUCUGGUGGACAAGGCGCACGAGAUGGCCGCCAUCAACGUGGGCGCUACUACACUCGAUGUGUACAACCAGAACCACUGCCUGAAUCUGACUCUGCACAAGUACCAGCAAGAGCUGCGCGGGCUGGAGGCGGCCGCGUCAACCCGCAGUCGCCAGUUGGAGCAGCUGCAGGAGCGGCUAGUGCAGUCCGAGGACGACCGGCUGCAGGAGGUCGUUUCGCUGCAGGAGGUGCGCGCCGAGCUGCGCGACUGGGCGCUGCACGAGCGCGAGCAGGACCAGCGUCAGGCGCAGCAGCUGCGCCGCCAGUUGGCGCUGAAGGAGGCCACCGUGCGCCGGCUGCGCCAGCUGCUCGAGGACUUCUUCCUCUCGGCGCUGGACCAUGUGACCGGCGAGGCGGCGGCCGAGCGGCGCGGCUACUGGCGCGACGCAGAGCGCCAGUAUCGUCAGCAGAUGGCCCAGGGGCUGAAGGAGGGCGCCACGCCCCCGGAAGUGAUGACGCUGGACGGCAGUCGGACCUCGUCAUGCGACAUUGGCGACGGCUGGCGGCGGCACAACGCCUGGCACCAGGAGGCCCACCAGGUGGACGUGGCCUCGCUCACCUGGCUGCAGAAGGAGAGCGUGCUGCGUGUGCUGUUCGCACACAUCAACGGUGUCUUUGGCAAGGUCAAGCGCCAGAAGCGAGAGAAGCGGCCGCGGAAGAAGACGGCAGAUGUGGGGGUGCAGAAGUUCGGCGGACAGAAGAGGAGCGUCAGCGGGCAGGGCACCGCGGGGUAUCCGGUACUUAGUCCCUACAUGGAUAAGUCCGUGCAGAUGCUGAAUCUGUAG